AUGUACAAUAUCGCGCAAGAUGUGUUUGACCACCUCCUGUCUCUUGCCGCUCAGCCCAAAGGCGUCUCGGGCAACUCCUGCGUGAAGCUCUGCGGCUUUGUCGAGCAGAGCUCAAAGUCGGACAAGCCGGCGCUGCGGCAAUGGGCCUUCUCCGAGCAGCCCAGUCUGCGGCUGUUCAACUUCUACAUCAAGUGGAACGAGACGGAGCAGCACCGGUCCAUGAAGCUGGUCCUCGACCUGCUGCCCUCACUUAUCCGCCGCAACCCGGACCCGGCCGCCGCCGAGGCCGUCAAGACGACCGUCCUCGACACCCUCAUCUCCAUCAUCGGGCCGCAGUCCACCAAGCCCCUGCUCAAGUCGUCGCUCAAGGCCAUGGACCACUUUGCGUCCAAGUCGGUCUUUUCCGUCGACGACAUCGCCGCGAGCUACAGGCGCACGCAGCCGUCGUGCAGCUGGGAGUCCGACAUUGAGCUGUGGCAGGACUUUUUCGGCCAGAUGCUCGACUGGAUGACCAUGCACUACGUCUGCCCCACCGCGGGCAAGUUCAUCGUGACCAUCUUUAGGGCGCUGCGGCAGCGGUCGUUGAAGAACCCGCAAGCCGCUGGCGCCGAGCAGUUCAGCGUCGAGACGUGGCUCCGCUGGGUGCAGGCCGCCAUCACCAAGACGCCGUCCCUGCUGGAGGGCAUCAAGACGUAUGUCUUUCUGCCGCUGUUCAAGGACGAACGCAAGGACUCGGUCCAGAUCCUGGAGCAGAUCAACAGCAUGUGGUCUGCGUCUGGCUCGGCGGUAGCUGAGCUGGACACAUUGGCCCAGCUGAACCUCGCUGUGCUCGAAGUUGGCAAGAAGGUCGGCAUGGUCGAGGAGCCCGGCGCCAUCUACAGAGAGGAGUCCUCUGCAGUAGUCCUGGAGGAGACCGUCCUCGAGAGAGUGCUCUCGCAUCCUUCCCACGAGCUUCGCUCGCUGGCGCUGUCCCUCAUCAUUGCCUCUCCCUCGACGACAAGGCCGUAUUCUCCAAUUGCUCUCCGUCUCUUGCAGGUCCACCUCCCCACGUACUUCUCCGAAUCGGACGCCAAGUUCCGCAUGGAGGUGCUGAGCAAGCUGAAGGACAUGUUCAAGCGGAACAGAGGUGCCAUCUUCAUCCUUCACAAGAGUUUGGCCCGCCUCAAGGCCUUUGACGGCGCGGCCGCUGCAGCGAACGGGGUACCGAAAGCCGCCCCCAAGGCACCGAAACAGGCGAACCACCGGACCAACAUUCUGUUCUGGCCCGAGGACAAGCUGCGGGAAAGCCUGAAGCAGCACGAGGCGUUCUUGGCAUGGUACAUUGGCUUCCUGCGAUCGGAGUUGAUCCCCACUGCGUCGUUCCAGCGCCACUUCACGUCACUGAGGGCAGUCGCCUUCAUCCUCAAGCUCGAGGCGGACCUCUCCAAGACUUGGGAGACGGAGGACGAUGAGGCCCUUUUCUUCGACCUCUUCGACGACAGGUGGACGCGCACGCUUCUCGACCUCAUCAUGGACCCCUUUGACGACGUCCGAGAAAACGGCACCAGCGUCCUCAAGAGCUUGUUCGCCGACAAGCGCUUCAAGCGUCUCGUCGGCACGCAGGGUGUCUCGCACACCCUUGAAGAGUUCUUGUUGAGAGCCGAGGACAUCGCAAGGAGGACGGCCCGCGCCGACCACGCUGACGGUGUUGCUCGGACGAACGAGCUGCUGUUCAGGUUCUACGACAGCAGGAACGCGCAGAUUGUGCACAUCUCCAAGUUGGUGGAUCUUCUCGAGAGCAAGCUCACGUUUGCCGAGACUGAUCUGGGCAAUGCCGUCUUGGAGGCCCCCGUUCACGGUUACUUUGCCUCUCUUCGCUACAUCUGGCAAGCCACUGUCGACAUGUACUUCUCUCAGUCCGAGCUCGAAUCGAUGACAACGCUCCAGGGCCGCAUCGUUACGUGCUGCCAGCGUAUUUGGGCUGCAGUCAGGGAUAUUCUUUGCGACGACUCGCCCGAAGGUCACCUGCCGCAGGAGCUUGAGGACCUCGAAGGUCUUGAUACGAAGGACUUGCUGAGCUACAGCUUCCGCGCGAUUCACGAGUCUAGCGCCUUGAUGCGCGUCAUGGUCCUGCCGCUCAAGACCAAGGCCAAGGAGGGGACUCUGCGCCCCUCAACAGAUCUCUUCACGGCCGUCGGCUCGUUGACCUUUGAUCAGCUGUCCAGCCUGCGACACCGCGGUGCCUUCAAUACGGUCUCGCUCUCUUUCGCGACCUGCUGCCAGCUGGUCAAGCACCUGGACGACCCGAAGGCCAGUCACGGGGGCGACGAAACCCUCCUCGACAUCUGGUACAAGGGAACCAAGGAGUGCAUCUUCGCGCAAGCCUCCACCACGCGACGCUCCGCUGGUAUCCCGGCCAUGAUUACGGGCAUCGUCUCCGCCAACGCCCCCCAGCCCUCCUUCGACAAGGUCAUCGAGGAGCUCGUGACAAUCGCGCAGAAGCCCGCCUACAACUCCGAGUCGGACGGCUCCAAGCUGCCCCAGGUCCACGCCCUCAACUGUCUCAAGGACAUCUUCAAGAGCUCCUUCAUCACCCAGCUCGGCAAGUCCGCGCCUCACAUCCCGCAGUGCCUCGAGCUCGCGGCCAGCAGUCUCAAAUCGGAAGUCUGGGGCAUCCGCAACUGCGGCCUCCUCUUCCUCCGCUCCCUCCUCGACAACCUCUUCGGCACAAACGAGAGCAAGACCACCCUCGAAGCCGGCUGGGACGGCAAGACGACGCGUCUGCAGUACCACAAGUACCCUAUCCUCCCCAACGUCCUCCUGAACCUCCUCCGCUCCGGCCGCGAGGUCAUGAAGCCCACCACCCUCGGCAGCACCAUCGCCGCCGAGUCCGUGUUCCCGGCCCUCGACAUCGUCCGCCGCGCCGGGCCACCAGACGCCUCGCGCGACGAGCUUUACGGCCUCGUCGCCGGCUACCUCGCCAGCCCCGUCUGGCACGUCCGCGAGAUGGCCGCCCGCGCGCUGUGCUCGUUCCUACUCAAGGACGAAGACUGGGUCGCCGCUGCGGCGGCUAUCGUCGACGACUCGCUGGCCGCCGUGCCUGCGAGUAGGAACAACCACAUCCACGGCGCACUGCUGACUGUCAAGGCCGUCUUCGAGAGGCUCUCGGACGUCGCCCCGCAGAAGCUGUCGUCCGCCGUCCCGCGCCUGGCCGAGAUCCUCGGCAAAAUCGAGACCAGCGACCCGGAAUCCUUCGAGCACUGCCCCGACAUCCGCGCCGCCUACCUCGAAGUCGAGAACCUCGUCUCCCUCUUCGCCCUCUCUCACCCACCUUCCCAGCCCGCCACGCACCCCUCUACCCCCGAGUCCAUCUCCCGACCCCCGCAAAGCGCCCUCCUCCGCACCCAGCUUGCCAUCGCCGCGGUCCACGCAACGCAGCCUGCCACCGGCUCCUCCGCCUCCGGCUCCUCCGCCUCCGGCUCCCUCCGCGAGAUCCUCCUGUCGACGAGCACGACCAGCGUCGAGGCCACGAUCACGACCCUCGAAACCCUCGCCGCGAUCCACCACCCGCAUCUUACCCCGGCGGCAGCAGCAUCCUACGCCGCGCUGUACACUGACCUGGCCCUCACGAUGGCGCACCCCGAUCCGCGCGCCGCCGCCCUCAACAACCUCGCAGAGGUCCUCGACCUAGUCCUCUCGUCCCGGGACACCAAGCAAUCCCUCGCAGGCCUCCCGUCCUCGGAGAAACUCACCGAGCUCUGGCAGGAUCUCACCUCCAAGACGAUGAACCCCAACCUCUCCAACGCCGUUGUCCGCGCCAGCGGGCCCAUAAUGGCGACCCUGGCCGCCUCCUCCUCGGCCUCCGCACAAUCCCUCCGCGGCUGGGGCCGGAUGAUGUCCUCGGCCCUCCUCGACUCCCGCCCCUUUGACACCCGCAUCGCCGCAACGGCCUCCCUCGCCUCCUUCUUCUCCUCCGCGUCCCCCCUCCCCGCCGCCGACCCCGAGGCGGCCCACCUCCCCGCCCUGGUCGCCCUCUACGACGCCCUCAACGACGACGACGACGAGGUCCGCGACCUGGCCUCUGUCUCCGCGAAGCACAUCCUCACGCAGCCCCUCGCGCCCCUGGACGCCGCCCCGAGGCUGCUGACCCGCGUCGCGGCCACCUACCGCGACGCGCCCGCCUUCCACGCCCUCCUGGCCUCCCGCCUCACGGGCCACGUCCAGUCCGAGGCCUCAGCGGCCGCGCGCGGUGAGGACGCAUGGGAGUCCGCGGAGGCCCAGCUCGCGACCGCCCUGCGCUUCGACGACUCCCUCUUCGCGAUCGAGGAGCAGAACCUCUUCAUCGACGAGGUCCGCGAGUCGAACCGCUGGGCCGCCGUCCUCGAGGACGUCUUCGCCUCCCCGGCCGCGUCCGCGCCCUCGUCCUCGCCCACCGCCGUCUCCAUGGCCCUGACGGGAUGGACGUCCUCGGGCCUCGACGCCCUCCUGGACCUCACCUCCCCCGACCGCCACUCCACCGACGGGCCCCUCGGCUGGGCCUCGGACCCGGAGGUCUACGCGGUCUGCGCGCGCAUCCUCCUCUGCGCGACGGCGCUGACCCGGACGCGCGCCACCGGCUCGGAGCUGCUGCGGAGCAAGCUCGAGCAGUUCCGGAGCGCCGGCCAGCGCGGGCGGCUGCACGGGCUGCUGCUCGAGAUGGCGGCCGUCUAA